AUGCAGCCGACACCAGCGCCGUCUUCGCCGCCCGCGUCCCAGCUUCAAGUUCCCGCGUCGCAACUUCUCCCACCAGCGGUGGCGGCAGAAGACCAUCCCAUCGAGUACCCUGCUCCCCCUCAGAACAAGGGAAGCGCUCCAUUUCAAGUCCUUGUGGCCCUGUUCGAGAAGCUUCAGAAUGAAAGAAAGCCUGAGAAGCGUCGAAGACUGAUCGCUUCUUGGUUUAACGGCUGGAGGAAAGACAUCGGAUACGACUUGUUCCCUGUUUUGCGAUUAAUCCUCCCCCAAAAAGACCGAGAGCGCACCGUGUAUGGCCUCAAAGAGAAGAACCUCGCGAAGGCAUACAUUAAGCUCAUUCCGCUUGACCGUCACGGACCAGACGCUAUUAGACUCCUCAACUGGAAGAAACCCACCGAACGAUACCGCUCGGCGGGUGAUUUCCCUUCGGUACUAUGGGAGGUUGUCAAUAAGCGGAACAAUGUUACGGAGGGAUCGUUGACCAUCGACGACAUAAACGGCGUCCUAGACGAGCUUGCCCAAAACAUGGGCAAAUCCGAUUUGCAGUCCAAGAUUCUACAGCGAGUCUACAAUAGAGCCACUUCGGAUGAGCAGCGAUGGCUUGUUCGCAUCAUCUUGAAAGACAUGAUUAUCUCCGUGAAGGAGAACACUGUUUUCGGCGUUUUCCAUCCUGAUGCACACGAUCUCUUCAACACCUGUUCCGACCUCAAAAAGGUCACCUGGGAGCUCUGGGAUCCAGAGCGGAGACUUAACGACGAGGACAAAGCCGUUCAGCUAUUCCGUGCCUUUGCGCCCAUGCUCUGCAAAAGGCCGACUAAGAAGAUCGAAGAUUCUGUCAAGGAAAUGCAGGGUCGUGCAUUCAUCAUCGAAGAGAAGCUCGACGGUGAACGUAUCCAGCUGCAUAAGCGUGGAAAUGAAUACUUCUACUGCUCUAGGAAAGGAAAGGACUACACAUAUUUGUACGGAAAGCAUGUCGGAACGGGAAGCUUGACGCCCUACAUCGACUCUGCGUUCGAUCCGCGCAUCGACGAGAUUAUUCUCGACGGCGAGAUGCUGGUAUGGGAUCCGGUCUCCGAACGCAAUCUUCCCUUCGGCACGCUCAAGACCGCUGCUAUCGACCGAUCUAAGAAGGAGUUCAACCCGCGCCCAUGCUUCAAGGUGUUCGACCUGCUUUACCUGAACGGCACAUCGCUCCUGCACAAGUCUCUCAAAUUCCGCAAGCGCAAUCUCCGUUCCUGUGUAAUCCCAGUAGCAGGACGCAUCGAGCUGGUCACCGAAUUCGAAGGACGCACUGCCAAAGAUGUCCGAACUCGUAUGGACGACAUCAUAGGAAACCGUGGAGAGGGAUUGGUCAUGAAGCAUCCGGACUCUGAGUACGUGCUGAACGGCCGCAACAAGGACUGGAUCAAGGUUAAACCGGAGUACAUGGACAACAUGGGAGAGACGGUCGAUGUGCUUGUGGUCGUCCUCACGUUCAUUGCAGCUGGGAACUACGGUUCUGGAAGGCGUUCUGGAGGCGUUUCCACGCUCAUUUGCGCCGUACUGGACGACCGCCGCGUUCAUAACGACGAUGACGAGCCAAAGUACAGCACCUUUGUCCGUAUCGGAAGCGGCCUUUCGUACGCCGACUACAUUUGGAUCCGCCAAAAGCCAUGGAAGCCUUGGGGACGGGACGCCCCUAGUUAUCUUCAAGUCGCAAGAAAGGGGCACGACGAUAAAGGCGACGUUUAUCUCGAGCCACAGGACUCGUUCAUCGUAAAGGUCAAGGCGGCGGAAAUCACGAGCACGGAUAUGUAUCACUUGGGCUUUACCAUGCGGUUCCCGCGGGCACUGCAGAUUCGAGACGACCUGUCGAUCGCUGAUUGUAUGACGGCCUCGGCGGUCCUCGAAGGCAUCCGGUCUGAGAAGAAGAGGAAGAUGGAGGAUGAUACCGAUAAACCCAAGAAGAAGCAGAAUCGAACCGCGAAGAAGCCGACCAUGAUGCCCGAGUACCGCGGCGUCAACCUCAAGGACGUUGAGGUCGAGGACAACCUCUUCGGAGACUUCAAGUUCGUUGUAUCUUCUGACCCUAAGUCGAGAACCGGCGCGGAUGACAAGAAGGCGCUGUUGCAGAUGAUCCAUGCACAUGGCGGAAAGUACGCACAGGUUGCCCGGAACGACCCGAACAUCCUCAUCGUCUACGGCGGUCAGACAACUCCAUAUGAUCUCAGACUCAUUAUGGACAAGGGCGUGUGCGACAUUAUACGCCCGCAAUGGAUAUUGGACUGCGUCGCGUAUGAGAAGAUAGUACCACUCACCAAGAAGUACUUCUUCCACGCCACCGCAGCACGCAAGGAGACGGAUGAGUAUGCCGAGGACGAUAGCGACACCGAAGAAGAGCCCGAAGAUGAGCCACCCUCACCUUCGCCGUCUGCCUCACGGAAGAGCAAGUCUCCUCCACAGGAGGAGCCUUCUCAGCCAAAGGAGGAAAUCAAGAUAGACCCAUCAAUGGCGGAAUGGUUCGACGUCGGGGCGAGUCUGCAGCAGAGUGGUGGCUCGAAAGGCGGGUACAUAUCCGGCAGUGACACGGAGGAAGACCCGGAGUCGGAUAAUGAAGACGUCGACCCGGAAGCUGCCUCUGAGGACGAGGACUGGGAGAAGGUCGAUCAGGAUUCCGGCAAGUCGCAAGAGGAGAGCAAGGGGAAGGCUUCCGAGGCGCGCAUGGGCGAAGACGACAACGCUAUGGCCUACGACGAAGAGCGUAUCUUCAAACACCUGUGCCUAUACCUCGACUCGCCAAGCAACGCUCGGAAGCAUGGAAUGAAAGUCGACACUAAGAGGGAGGCGGACAUCGAGAAACGUUUCUCGGAGAUGUCGAAUGUGAUCACAGAGAACGGCGGCCGCGUUGUCGACCUCGACGAUCCCAAGCUGACGCACGUCAUCCUCGACAAGCGGGAUAUCAGUCGGCGCAAGGUACUCAUUGCACGCACGUCCGAGCCGAAGCGUAGACACCUGGUGAUAUCGGACUGGGUCGACGCCUGCGUGGCAGAAGAGACCUUGCUGGAUGAGGAGGAGUUCAACCCGUAGACAUGGGUGAACGUGUUGAGUGACCCCGACGAUGGACACGACCGGAUCCUAUGUAUACUACUGCUUCAUGUACUGCUGAACACCUGGAUAUCAAACAAUA